AUGAACGAUUGCAGCGGGUGUUUGCAUGUGUUCCGUCGCCGUACCUUUUCCAGUCAUAAGCGAUACAAAAGAGGCCUUUUGACGGCCGAGCACGAAGCUGCUCGGCCACGGCAAGCCAUGCCGAAGUGUGCUGCUUUGCUAUUACUCGUGGAGGUUGCGACAUCCAGCCUGCAGCUGUCAGAGGAGACUUUGAAAUUCCUAGACUGCCAGCCAGGGACCGAAAGAUGUGAGGCCGAGGCUGGCAACUUGCAUUUGCUGCAAUACCGGGGCCGCCGCGUGCCCGCCGACCCCUCGCCCGACGAGGUCCCGGCAGCACCGGCGAAGAUCCCGAUGAAGGGGGUCAGCUACGGCCCAUCGCCCUUCACUUCGGCUCAGCGGAACAAGCACCAGGACUACUUCUGUGAUGCGGCGAAGCCGCUUUGGGGAGACAAUGGCCGUGGUGACUUAAGCAUCAUCCGGAGCUUAGGAGCUAACACCGUCCGGCUCUAUGGCAACGACCCAGAGUUGCAUCAUGCCGGCUUCCUGGACCAUGCAAGAAGCUUAGGCUUGGAUGUGGUGCCAGGGAUGGGAGACAAGGCCUUUGAGACAGUGCAGUGCAAGGGCGGCAACUUCUCGUGCUCAGAAGGCGUAGUGAGUGCCUACAAGAAGAACUUGGAGAAUGGCUUCCUCCUUGCCAAUAGAAGCUAUCACCCAGCCAUCAAGUACUUCAUCGUUGUGAACGAACCCGAGCUCAAGCUUCCGAGCCUCAAUGAGCCGCGGAAGUUCGCCAAAGCCAUAGUAACCGCCAUCGAUGGCGUGCUGACGGCGGAGGAGGAGAUGGGUGUCGUCGGGCCCAAGCCGAAUUUGACAGUAACCUUUUCAUUCGCGUCUUGCAAACGCUGUGCGGAAUUCGGAGACCGUCCCGGCUUGGGCCAGCUGUGGACUCUCAGACACGCGCUGUUGCAUCCGGAUAGGUAUGGCAUUCAGGCGAAGCACAACCUGACGGACUUCUUCAACACGCGUUUCACCUACAGCUUCAACUCGGGCAAUCCUUCCGCCGAAAUCCAGGAGCUCUUCCUGAAGUACUACGAGGAGAUAUUCCCCCACACGCCCAUCUUCGUUGCGGAGUAUCAUAAUCCAGGAAAUCCCAACUUGCAGGGAGACUUGGAAGACAUCUUGUCUGCUGCUGCAAACUCCUCUCUGCUACUUGGAAUCAGCUUUUUCGAGUUUCAGAACCGGUAUGAUCAAGCCGGCCACUUGGUCUGGGGAAUGUUCGACCCGCAGAAGGAUCCGGGCAGCAAGCAUCGACUGAAGUUUGAAGAGUUCGAAGCUGCCGUCCCAUGCCUCAGCCCCAUCUUUGAUGCUGGAGUUCGAACCAUUGCCGAGCAGCUUACUGCGGCGUACGGAGGACCUGGGAUCACUCCCACGCGACUCUGCUUGCCCAGUCCGCAGGAGGUGGUCGUGAGCGAGCAUGGCUUCCACCAGAUGGUGGGCUUGAACAAUAUCACAGCGAUGCAGCAGUUCGUGAAGCGCGUCGUGGAGAAGUUAGGUGGCUUUGUCCCGUAUGUCGUUCCCAAGGAGUUUGCUGAGUUGUUCCUGCAUCCUCAGACAAGCUAUAGCGACUUGGAGGCUAUGUUGGUGGGGCAUCCGCAGUGGGCCAGAUGGGACAUGUUCUCUGCAUGCACGGUGGACCGCACUGCGCUGGAAUCGACCCUGGGGGGCAAGAUUGGCUACAUUUGCGGGCAAGGCUAUGCGGACUGCUCCAAGAUUCCUGAUGUUUGCAAGAAAGACGUUUGGGAUACAGCUUCCUGGGUUUUCGGCUCCCAUUUCAGGGAGUUCCUUUAUGCCAGGGACGAGACACCAAAGCCGCUACGUCACUGCUACCUCGAUGGGGCGGCACAGUUCGUAAGGUCAAGUAUAUGGAAGAAGUCGACCUUAAGGCACGAAUGCGUUGUGCCGAUGGGGUGGACCGACCCUAACAAAGUCUUCAUCACACAGAAUGGAUUUUACCAUAUUUGGAGCGACCAUGACCCAGUGGCUAUGUCGAUUUUCAUCCAGCGGGCGGUCGAGCACACCGGUGGUAAGGUGCUCAGCCGCGUGCCCAGGCGCUUUGUGCGGCAAAUGCUUGGUCUGGAAGCCAGCUUCAAGAGUCUGCAGGCAAAGCUCGCUCGCCGACCAACUUGGGCUUUUUGGCCUGCUGAGGCUGCAUGCGUCCCCGACAAGGCCGCGAAAGCCCGUGAUGUGGGCGCUGCCAUCGGCGAGGUCUGCAGCAAGGGCAUCUUCGAUUGCGGCGGGAUCCCGGAGACGUGCAAGGGCAACGUGUGGGACACAGCGGCCUUCGCAUUCGGAUCCUACUACAAAGCCUUGCGCCAGCGCUCGGACAAAGCAGAUCCGCUCUACGACUGUGAGUUCACUGGCAAGGGGGUCUUCGCAAGCCCCCAGUUGUACAGCACGUUCAAUUUGACCAAAUCGUGCAUUGUCUCUGCACCGACGAGUGCUGACACCAAUUACAACUAA